AAGAAGAGAGUCCGUCGUGCAUCUGCUUCUUUUCUCGGUUUUCUCUGCUGUCACUUCUACCGAAGAAAACGGGAAGACAAGCAACGCGACUGUGCGCCGCUGCGUGUGUCAACCUCCUCACGUCUUUCCUGUUCUGCCCGCUCUCCCUUUCUGUUCUUCGUCCUCUUUUCCUUUCCUUUUCGAGAGUCUGCAUGUGAAGACUUUGAGCAUCUUCUUCGCUCUUUCUUUCCUAGCGGAAGGGGGGAGCAGCAGACAUCACCUCUGCCCUCGUUCAGACUCCUCCUUGCCUGUCUCCGAAGCUGCAUUAUGACUGCGGACUCGUCUUCUUGAUUUACUCGUUGCUUUUCAUUUCCUCUCCUUUGUUUCCCCUCUUCGGCGGUGUAACCUGGACGAUGCACUCAGCAUCUUCUCUUUCUCGUUUCAGCCUUACGGUCCCUCUGCCUUUCGCGUUCCAGCUGCUGGCGGCCUUCGUCUGUGCUGGCCGUCGUUCGUCUGUCUCUGCACAUCGUCCUCACCGUUGUUCCUCCUCAGUUUCUCAUCUCGUCUGGCAUGCCUCUUUCGUCGUCGGUUUGUAUGCUUGAGCGGCUUCCUCUGCGUAGAAGAGCGAAGCCUUUUCGUCCGACGAUCUCUUCUCCACUCUCUCUCCUCUCUCCGCGGCUUCCCGUCGCCCAACUUCGCUCCUCUUUUCUCACUUGCACAUCGCUCUCGUGUUCUCUCUUCCUUUCUUCUGUCUCCUCUCGCCUUUCCACCGAAAAAAACGUCGCUUUCUUUUCUCCGACGCUCCUCGACAAGAUGACCUCAACAGCGAGAAGCGGCAACGCAGGCGGCCUCUCUGGGGCGCCUGCCGAGGUUGCUCCCAUGACCACCGAGGACUUCACAGUGCCGGAGGAGCAGGAGGCAGGACACCGUAAAAUUCCCCGAGCGAAGUUUAUUCGAAGUGUGGAGCAAUUCGUCGGCCUGCAGAACCCUGGGCAUGUCGAGGCCGUUGCUAGGGAGCUUCUCAUGAAGUACCGCUACAUGGAGCAGGCCAUUCAGAGACAGAGUGAGGGUCUCCUCGCGAAGAUCGGAGACAUGGAAGAGGCUCUCUCGGCCGUGAAGAGGCUGAAGCAACAGAAGGAGAAGGCAAAGGACGCCGCAGAUCCAAAGGAGGCGGAGCUCAGGACCUACUUCGAGCUCGCUGACACACUGCAUGCAGAGGCCAUUAUUCCACCCACGGACACAGUUUGUCUCUGGCUCGGUGCGAAUGUCGUCAUGGAGUAUUCGCUUGAUGAAGCUGAAGCGCUGCUGACCAACAACGUGGAGACGGCGAAGAAAACGCGAGCUGCAGCGGUGGAAGAUCUUCAGCGUCUGAGGACGCAAAUCACCGUCACGGAGGUGAAUGUUGCCCGAAUUCACAACUAUGGCGUGAAGAAGAACCAGGAAGCCAAAGGCAAACGCGAAUCUGCGUAGACAGUACCUCCACGUAGCGACUUUCCUGGAGAACAGAGGUGAAACGCUGGGGCCCAGAACGCUCAACUGGUGUCCGACGGGGAGUCCUCCAUUUCGUCUUCUCUUUCGUUUCUCUUCCGCCUUGCCUCAUCCACGAUGCUCGUGUUUCUCUUGCGCGGGCGGCUUGCCUGUGUCUUCCCGUCGUGGUGUGAGGAUAGAAGGCAACUUUGCAAUAUUUCUGCUGUCGCUUGAGCUAUGUGCGCGACGCAUCAUUCCGUUCUUCUCUCUUUUUUGCCCCUUGGCUUUCGCUGUUUUGUCACGAGCGAAUGCUGUUUCGGUCUGAGUGUCUGCUUUCAUUUCGACCCGAGCGCAUGCAGUCACAGUCUGCUAGUGCGCGCAUCUCUCAUGUUGCGCCGUCAUUUCUUCGUUCUCUUUGCAGUUCCUCCGCCUUCCGGUGCUUGUGUAUUUCGUGCCAAGUGUGCACUUUUAAGUUUCGCGAAUCCGCGUUCUCGCGUGCACUUGACAAGCCCCUGGAGACGGAACAAGUGAUGGUUUUCUUUGGCACACGCUUUCCGUUUGCAGCACAUCUGGUACCCAGACCUUUAAGUCGCGCAAGCUUACUACUGAAGACACAUUCUUCUUGGUGCAUGCAAAGACACCAAGCUGGGG